AUGAUAGGGUCUACUUUGCGUACAAAAGGUAUGGUGGGUAGAUGGACAGAAAUUAGAAAGCGCAUCACAUAUUCAUACAAUAAUCUUAGGCAUUAUACUACUGCACAGAUACCGACAAAUCUGGUUUUUGGUAGACCGAUUCAUGAGAUUAUAAACCUGGAGAGGGCCAACGAAUUGUAUUAUUUUUCAGAAAAUGAAAUAGAAAUUUUAGACCAUGGUAAUACAGCAGAAACCGAACUACUGCCAAUUUUAGAUAAAGAAAUGAAUUUACCUUAUAUUUAUCGGGACAUAUUAUCUCUUGGUGAACAAAACGAAAGUAAUAUGAAUAAUAUGAGGCCUAUCGCUCGUGAAUCUAUUCACAGAGCUGCAGAAAGAAUGAUAAGAAACGUUGAGUGGCGAUAUGAUCGUUUUGAUUUUGAAAUUGGAGAUCGUGUAAUGAUAAGACCAAGUCUUGAUACCAAUUAA